AUGGCAGGUAACAAGGAUCUCAAAAUGAAAGGUCAACUCAUUGAGGAAAAAGAAGAAACGGUGAAGGAGGCUUACCAGAGGGCCGUCGUUGCGAAGUAUAAUGCUGAGGUGGAGGUGUAUUGCAUUGCUGGUAAACUUAAACUCUUUGAAGAGCUCUUCAACGAUGGCGUUAUGAACCAUGUUAAGGACAAGCUGGAAAAGGAACUUGCUCUUGCUCAUGCCCGUCUUUCUGAUGUGAAGGUUCCCAAUCUCGAUUGGGAAAAGCUAGGAGAGCCACAAAUGUGGCGUUAA